AUGGAUAUUGAAGAUUUAUCUGCCGAACACGAUAGACCAGAGACAGAAUCUUCUGUACUAGUAAAGACAAGAUUUAGAAAUAAAAAGCAAAAUAUUUCUGAAGAUUUGUGUCUUAGUAGUAACUUACCUGAAAAGUUUCAUGUUUUUGUACAAACAUGGGGUUGUGCACAUAAUACUAGUGACAGUGAAUAUAUGACCGGACUACUAGCCAAAUAUGGUUAUCAAGUUACACUGGAUGGUUCACAGUUUACAAAUGGUUUUAAAGGUCCAGCCGAAGAUCACUUUCGAAAUGCUGUUUUAGAGGGAAUAAAACUUGGCAAACGUGUUGUUGCCGCUGGUUGUGUACCACAAAGUCGACCAGGUGCAGAUUACUUAAAGGGUGUUAGUGUUAUUGGUGUGCAUCAAAUUGAUCGUAUUGUUGAAGUUGUUGAAGAAACAUUACAAGGAAAUGUGGUACGAUUUUUGGAUAAAAAGUAUACAUCAUCAGAUACAUCUAAUUCAAUGAUAAAUUCAUCAUCAUCACCAGCUGGUGUAGCAUUAGAUUUACCGAAAAUUCGACGUAAUCCAUUAAUUGAAAUAUUGGCUAUAAGUACAGGUUGUUUAAAUGCAUGUACAUAUUGUAAAACAAAACAAGCUCGUGGUAUAUUAGCUAGUUAUCCUAUUGAACAAUUAUUAGAUCGUGCUAAACAAGCAUUUAAAGAAGGUGUUAAGGAACUAUGGCUUACUUCAGAAGAUCUUGGUGCUUACGGCCGUGAUUUAGACAGAACUACAUCAUCUCUUAUUUGUCCUGGAUUAUCUGAAAAAUGGCCUCAUCACAUUACACUUGCUGAUCUAUUGGCUGGUCUUGUCCCAAUUAUUCCUGCUGGGUGUAUGUUACGUUUGGGUAUGACAAAUCCGCCAUAUAUAUUAGAUCAAUUAGUUGAAAUCGCGGAAGUAUUGUCACAUCCUAGAGUGUAUUCAUUUCUUCAUAUUCCUGUUCAAUCUGGUUCAGAUGCUGUAUUAGACGCAAUGAAAAGGGAGUAUACUAUAGAAGAAUUCUCAAAUGUUGUAGAUUAUCUUAUGCAAAAUGUGAAACCGCCAAAUUUACCUCCUGGUGCAGCACAUGAUACUGUAAAUGGAUCUGGGGCACUUACAAUUGCCACUGAUGUGAUAUGCGGUUUCCCAACUGAAACGGAUAACGAUUUUAAUGAAACUGUUGAAUUAAUUGAAAAGUAUCAAUUUCCUGUAUUACAUAUAAAUCAGUUCUUUCCACGUCCCGGUACACCUGCUGCUAAUAUGCCAAGAAAAGCUAGUUCUUCCGAAGUAAAAUCUCGUACACGUAGAUUACACGAUCUUUUCAGAAGUUAUCGAACUUAUGAUGGUCGUGUCGGUUGUGAAGUUCGUGUUCUUAUUACUGAACCGAGUUUUGAUGGUAAAUUUUGGGUUGGUCAUACAAAAGCUUAUGAACAAAUUUUAUUACCAAAAGAUCCGGAUGUUUAUGGUCGUAUAGUACUUGUACGUAUUAUAGAAUGUGAUAAAUUUUUUAUGCGUGGUAUCAUUAUUGAUUCUGGACCAUUGGAUUCUAUUGUUUUCCCAGAUAAUAAUUUCAACUUACCAUCUCUACCUUUAUUAAUACAAAAUUCAAUUCAAUUAUCUAAAAUAAAUUAUAGUACUAUGGUAAAGCCAAAUCAAUUUAGUAUAUAUACGUUGAUUAAUUCAUUACGAAGUGAUAAAACAUUGGCAUUUUACAUGGGUUAUAUGAUACUUAUAAUAGCUGGAAUCUGUUCCGCAUGGAAAUUUACAGAUUUGGAUCUAUACAAGAGAUUUGUCAAUAUGAACUAUGGUAAUCCAAAAAACUCUGCUGCAAUUUUAGAAAAAAGUUUGACUAAACUACGUGGUGAUGUUAAUAUAGCAUCUUUUGCUUAUUUAUUUGUGGAGUUAGUCAAAUAUUCAAUGCGUAAUGUAUCCAGUAUGGAUCUUGUUCAGAAAAGAUUAUCAGAUUUUGGUAAAUUCGUUGGUGAACGUAUGAUUGAUGUAGUUUAUCUACGUGAUAAAUCAACUAAACGUGAUAUACGUUUAUAUAAUGCUUUAAUUUUUUUAAAAUCAAAUUUUUGGAAAAAUUUAUUCAAUAAAGAAGCUGAUGAAUUAGAACGUGAUGGAAUGGAUGAAAAUAUUUUUUAUAUGAUUGAACAUGAACCAAUAGUGAAUCGUUUUACUCGAUUUACUUAUGAAGAAAAAGAUGAAAAACGUAAAACAUCUGCUCCAUUGAAUAUUGCAGCGUUCAAUGCUGGAAUUGUUGAAGCAUUCUUAUCGACUAUUGGUUUUCCUUGUACAGUUACAGCAACCUGGUACAAGGGAACUGCUUAUGUGAUUAAAUUUGACGAGUCCGUGAAUAUUCGUGAAAGACAAUUGGAUAAUCGAUGAAUAUAAUUCGUAUUAGGCUAAGUUGUAUAAAAACUUUAUCAACAUCUGAUGAAUGACCUAACUUUCCUGUGAUUUUCCAUUUACUAAAUACAUUGAUUUUUACAUCAAUUUUCUACAAAUAUUUUAUUUGUUACCGAAAGCAUUUGAAUACUAGGGAUUUCAAGAUUUAUAGUAUGUUAAUACAAAUGUCAGUUCGAAAAGGAAUGAUACCGAUUUAUGUCAUAAUUACUUAGCCCUGAAAAACACAGAAUCGGUGAUAGUCAUCGUAAAGUCAUGGGAUGUUAACAUUUCCGGUAGUACAUUGUACACUUGUGUAUUCAAACCGCUCAUAUGCAAUAAAUGUAUGUCAAUAUUGAA